UUGCCGUGCACCGGAAGCGUAUGCUUUAUCGCGCUCUUUCCUCAACUUCUGACCCUUCCCAGGUACCGUAAAAUCCCGGGCUAUGAGCCAAAAGAGGCAUCGCCUGGUCCCGCAGACCUUGGGUCUGAAGAGGCGGCGGGAGCGAGGUCCUGUGGACGCGGACGCUCUGAGGGGCGAGUCAGGGUCUGCGCGCGCGGCGGUCGCGGAGCUAGUGCGGCUGUUCCCGCGGGGCCUGUUCGAGGACGCGCUGCCGCCCAUCGCGCUGAGGAGCCAGGUGUACAGCCUCGUGCCCGACCGGACGGCGGCCGACCGGCAGCUGGUGAGGAGCGUCGGAGGGGCCCUUCCUCCCCUCGUACCCGCCGAGUCCCGGCAACAGACCCCGCCUCGGCCCGCCGGCCGUUCCGCAAGCGUCGGGCCGGUCCUGGAGAUGAAGAGCGCGGCUUUGGGGCAGCGUCGUGGGGCUUGGGGGCCAGGGAAGCCGACGCCAGCCGUCGACGGGCUGUGGGGAGUGUGAACGAGGCAGUGCGAGGAGGGUCAUUUUGCAGCUGAGAACUGGCGAGGCCCUGAGUUACGGGAGCGUGGUAGGGAGCGAGGCGUGUGGAGCGAGGAAUCGACAACAGACUGGGUGGCUGGCGGGGUGCCCGCAGGCGGAGCGCUCCGAGUCGUGGGGAGCAGGUGAUGUGCUUAAUUUCGUGCAGGUUGAGUUGGACUUGCUUGUGGAGUAUCUAAAGACAGAUGCAGU